GUUUUCCGCGGACCUCAAAAUUAACCCCGCAAUCAUGGUGGAGGUGGUGGACUUGCCUAAGUCCCGCAUCAACGCCAGCAUGCUAACUCAGUACAUCGACCGGCCCGUCUGCUUCGUAGGGAGGCUGGAAAAGGUUCAUCCCAGUGGAAAAAUGUUUAUUCUUUCAGAUGGAGAAGGAAAAAGUGGAACCAUUGAGUUGAUGGAACCCCUUGAUGAAGAACUCUCUGGAGUCGUGGAAGUAGUUGGAAGAGUAACAGCCAAGGCAACCAUUAUGUGUGCAUCUUAUGUCCAGUUUAAAGAAGAUAUCCGUCCUUUCGAUCUUGGACUUUACAAUGAAGCUGUGAAAAUUAUCCAUGAGUUCCCUCAGUUUUUUCCUUGGGGAGUUGCACAAUAUGAUUGAUCUUGAUUACAAAUGAGCUACAUUGAAGACUAUUAAGGCCCCUGAUAUUUGAGGAAGAGGUUCUGUUAUUUUUUAAUAUUUAAUUUGUUCUCUUUUUAAUUUCAUUUACCUAACUUUAUUAGAUAUUCCAAUAUGCCAUUUUUGAUAGAACUGGUAUAUUGAUAGUUCUCACCUGUAUGCUCAUAUAGAAUCACUUUUCUGGCAUAUGGUCAGAUCAGAUGAAAGAACAGAGCAGUUGUCUGAGUUUAGUUUUCUGUUUUAUUAAUAAAAGUUUAAACGCUACA